GCGUGGACAACCUCACCAAACAGAAACAUUUGGGGUCCUUUCACUUCACGUGUGCGCCUGCUGCUCUGACAUCGUGAGAGGAAACCAUGCCGAAGUCAAGGAGGGACAAGAAAAUUUCGUUAACGAAAACAGCCAAGAAAGGACUGGAGUCAAAACAGAAGUUAAUAGACGAGCUACGGAAAUGUGUAGACACCUACAGAAACCUGUUCAUAUUCUCUGUGGCCAAUAUGAGGAAUAACAAACUGAAAGACAUCAGGGCAGCAUGGAAACACAGCAGGUUCUUCUUUGGGAAAAAUAAAGUCAUGAUGAUUGCCUUGGGUAAAGGACAAUCGGACGAAUACAAAGAUAAUUUGCACAAGAUCACCAAGUGUUUACGAGGAGAAGUGGGCGUGCUAUUCACAAAUAAAACAAAGGAUGAAGUACAGGAGUAUUUCAGUCAUUUCAAAGAGACGGAUUAUGCACGGUCAGGCAACCAAGCACAGAUGGACAUAACUCUGGAUGAGGGACCCCUCGAACAGUUUCCUCACUCAAUGGAGCCCCAGUUGAGGCAAUUAGGACUUCCCACUGCCCUCAAGAAAGGAGUGGUGACACUGCUGAAGGACCAUGAAGUCUGUAAGGAGGGAGACGUGCUAACUCCUGAGCAGGCUCGUAUUCUGAAACUCUUUGGCAUCGAGAUGGCAGAAUUCAAGGUCCAGAUCAAAUGUAUGUGGAACUCGGAGACCGGCGAGUUUGAGAACGUUGCUGGUGAGGAAGAGUCUAUGCAGGAUAACGAAGAAGAGGAAGAGGAUGAUGCAGAAUAAAACAUCUGCAUGGACA